AUGGCGGCGACAAAUUUCUCAAAUCCGAAAUCCCUGGACGUUCUCACGUCCAUGGUUAACCAAACGCUUGUCGAAACCGGUCGGUUUUUCAAAACUGGGGGCUCCAUGCAGUCCAGAGCUCAACUCAAGCGUUCUAUCCCUACUUCGCACGAGCAGUUCCAGAGCGCUUUAGAUAAUCUUUCUGAGCAGAUAUUCCUGGCCAAAGCUUUCCUGGAGAGAGACUACGAGGCAGUUAAAGCAAGGAAAGCUGCCCUACAGCCCUCCGAAGAUGUCGUUAUGAAUGAUUCAGACGUAAAGGUCGAGCCUGAAGCCGCACCACAGCCUCUUGCACCACCGGUGGCCGACACAGACACGACCCAGGCCAAAGCCGAGCCAACUGAUGAUGUGCCCACCCCAAAGCCAGAGGCGGAUGUUAGUGAUAAUAAGCAGAUCUCAGGGGAUCAGCCUGUCAAGGAAGAGAAGCCAGAUGAGGGUGUCUCUGCCGUCGCUGGAGCACAGUCACUUUCUGCACCAGGGGACUUCAACUUUGACUCCAUGCUGAAUGAUAAUGCCGGAACUAAUGAUUUCGAUCUGAAUCUAGACUUUGGAGAUGACGAUGUCGGAAAUGACAGUUUCUUGUCAGGCUCCAACCUAGUCAACGCCAAUGCUGCCACCAACAAUAGCAAUAACGGAGGAAACAAUCAGCCAACCGAUGCUACAACAGCCGUGCCUAGUACGGAGAACAAUGCAGGUUCCGCACCCAUGGGCGGGGACGCAUUUGACCUAGAGCUUCAAAAAGCAGCAGCGUUCACUUCCCAACCGGAUACGUCAGGAGAGCAGCCCUUCGAUGGACAAGGUGGUGGUAACAUGGAGGAUGUCAUGCCUGGGGAAUCUAGCUUCGAUGAUCUUUUCAUGGAGAACGACAAUUUCGGAGGGGAUGGCCCUGGAGACGCUGGCUUGCUGGAUGGGGAUGGACUAGUCAACAUCAACGACUUGGACGACAGCUGGUUCACUUGA